AUGAGUUUAUUCAGUCUCGCCAGACAGCCCAUCAACAUGAGCCCCAGGGAGGCAUACUGGUUAUCUGCCACCACAGUCGAGAAGGCCCUGUUCAGGAGUCAGAACCAAUCCAAGAGUAUCCCCGUCCGCUCCGGAAUUCAAAUUUUCCACGAGCCACCUUUCACCCUUCUGACUUCACUCCCAUUUCCCCAUCCAUCAGGUAGUUCUAACUUACAGAUAACACCUCGGCACAACCUCCUCCCUCAAAAACACAACCCGCUUCUCAAUCUCAAUCUUCUUCGCACGAAACGCCGCAUCAGGGUUCUCAAGCGCUGUAAUCAGCUUUCCCAGCUGCCUGCGCAGGAUGGAGAAUGA